UGCACUGAAUCUGUUUCCGGAUGGAUACACCGUUGGCGGGCUCGAUAAGGGAAUGCUUGUGUUUCUGAUUGGUGAUGAUUCAGAGAGGAAGCCGUAUACUAGGGCAUCGAGAGCUUUGCUUUCCAGUUAAAAGCAAGAAGGUAAAAGGAGUGAGUACUUGCACUGUGGAGUGGGUGCUAGAUUGUGCAGUCCAUACCCGUGGGCGUGGAACAUAUUUAUGGGCGUGCCGGAGGCGAACACACCAUUCUUCAGACCAUAGCAAGGCAUUUCGAUUGUCGCGUUUUGUUCUUCACGUUUCCCCCCUUUUUCUGAUGUGAUCAGUGUAAUGGUACUAUACAUUUCACAUAGGGCCAAUGCACAAUUUAUUUCUGUGCUGCUAUAUUCUUUUUAGCUUUGGCUGCAAAUUUACUCCCAUAAAGAAAUAUUUCUGUUGGGGAAUCCUUAACAAGUUAUGUUAUCCUGAUGGUUUACUCAUUCUGUUUUAGUAGUGUCUCUGUGAAUAUUAUAUUUUUAUGAAUGUAUUUCUACAGGAUAUUGAGUACGGCUGCUUGCCUCAAGAUAUCUUGCAUGGCAUCCCUUGUAAAUUCCGCAAUGGAAUUGUUGUCUGCGAGGUGCGGGACUACCGACCCUUCCUUUCUAAUGGGGGCGAUUCUUCAGGAUAUGACUUCCCUAAAAUGAACAGAGUUGCUCUUAGAUUGGGCACUGAAUGUGUUAUCAAGGAUCUGUCCUUGAUUGCGGAUCCUUCAUGGACUUAUCACCAUCAAUUGAUUGCCGAGUCGACCAUCAUCAAUUCCUUGCAACCCAGGCUUAAUUUGGAUCCUACACCAUGCCUUGAAAAGCUUUGCAACUCUGUCAAGAAGAUCGAUUUAGGCCUAAAUAAGGGAAGACAGCGAACCAAAGAUACAUCUCUUCUCAGUUCUUCUACUGAUCCUCCUGAAAAAUGCAAGCCCAAGGAAUGCGGCACCUGUGAAGAUGCAGCAGUAUGCAUUGAGAGAUCAACUCUAGAAGUCUUCCCAGCCAGAAUAUUUUGCAGCUCACCUGUGAACUGUUCAUCCUCUGCCCAAGUUAAUAAUCCGAAAUCAACUGUAAUGUCUGAUCCUGAAGAGACCAUUCAACGCUCUUCUACCCUGAGGAACAGUUCUGCCUUAUGUGACAGAAAACAAAGUGCAUCAGGUAGUCCUGCUCCUGAUCAUUCUCUUCAGAAUCAUGAACAGCAGGUGGAGUUAGCAAUUGUACAGGUUGAUCACAAAAAUGGACAAUCACCAAGGGAGACAGUUCUAUCACAAAAGAGAAAGCAGUCCUUGAAUCUUCCACGUGAAAGGCGACCUUCAAACAAAAGUGCAAGGAUGAGUUUCCAAAGUCCCAAAGGCCAGCUUCAAAAGUCAAUCGGGACUUCAAAUAAAGAAAGGCUUAAACUGGGAUCUCCAAAAGAACCACCGGUUGAGGUUAAGGUAGAUCAGACAAUAGGCAAGAAGGACAUGAGAGUACAGCAACAGAAGACCUUCUCAGCGAUCCCAACCCAUCGCCUAAGUCCUUUGAACAGAAAUGAUCCAUGUUCAGAAAAAUUCCCCCGAAAGGUUAAGCAGGGAUCUCAGAAAGAACUGUUAAUUGAGGUUAAAGUUGAUCAGAUGAUUGGCAAAAAGGACACGAGAGGACAUGAACAGAAGCCCUUCUCAGUUAUCCCAUCCAAUCAACCACUUCCUUCCUUGAGCAGAAAUAGUCCAUGUUCAGAUAAGUUCUCUGAAAAGGUUAAGGUGGUAUCUCAAAAAGAACUGCCGGUUGAGGUCAAGGUAGAACAGAUAAUAUGCAAAAAGGACAUGAGAGAACAGAAAAAUGAGCCAUUGUCAAUGCUCCAAACCAAUCAUCCACACCCUUCCUUGAACAGAAAUAGUCCGCAUGCAGAAAAUAUCCCUGUAAAGGUUCACUCUUCGCAUAUAACGAUGAAUGAAAGACAUUUGGCCUCAAUUGUAAAUAUGGACAGUCACAGCGCGUCAGGGAUCGAAGUUAGUGCAAUGACCCCUGUAUCCUCCUGCGAUGCAAGUUCUGGAAAGGCGUCUGCCGGACCUAAUGAGGAUAAAGCUUCUACAGAGCCCAAACCUACUACUUUAAAGAGAGACGUACCAGGAACUUCUCCCAUUUCUCUGAACCAGCAAGCCAGUUUCAAAGGGAAAUGUCAGAAACAAGCUGAUAUUCUGGACAGACGACUGUUUGAGGACGGAGGCUUAGUAGAGCCAGGUGUUGCUGAUAGUACUACCAGUCGAUUUGGUAUUUCUCCAGAUAUUGAGUUGUGUAUUAGACACCCUUUAUAUAACAUUGAACCUGACAUAGAAAAGAUCCUAUCAGAGGUCAUCCUGAUCACCCAGAGGCAUGCACUAAAUGGAAAUGCUUCUAAGGUUGAGGGUGUUGAAACAUUGAGGCCAUCGUCUUCCUGCUCACCCUCCCAUUUCUUUCGGUAUGGGAGUGCUGGGGGAAGUCCAUACAUGCGAGAAGAGACCAUUUCGUGCCAUCCGACUACAGGAACUAAAAAUACUCGAAAUAUUGGAAGAUAUGUUUUUCACCGUGUGCAGUAUUUCUGUAGAGGUAUAAUUGAUCAAUCUCACUACAUACUUUGCCUUCGUGAGUCUGAAUCACCAGAGGACCAUCAAAUAGCUGUUGUAAUGAUAUCAGGAGAUGAGCAUAUUCACAUUGCUACUCUUCCCACUUAUGAUCAAGCAAGGAAGCUUGUGGACCAAUUCAUUCUUCUGAUGAAACGGGAUGGCUACGCACUAUGCAAUUCUACAGCCUGUAAUGGAUUCCCUGUACUCAGGCAGCAAUCUGGAGAUGUCUCUCAGCUUGGCUAUCUGACUGGAGAACAUUCACAAUACCAGGGGUUCUCACCUUGUGUUGCAAAAAGUGUUGUAAUUAAUGAAUGCCAGGAUACAAGUUUUUCCUUCCAGAAGAGGCUCCAAGAUGUACAGGGAAAUGUUCGGCAGCAAGGGAGCCAGCAGUGGGGGCUGCCAGAUGUACAUUCAAACGUUUUACAUCAAGGGAGUCAACAGUGGGGGCUGCCAGAUGUGCAUUCAAAUGUCCUGCACCAAGGGAGUCAGCAGUGUGGGCUACCAGAUGUACACGCGAAUGUUCGGCAGCUAGGAAAUACUCAGCAAUGGAGGCUGCCAGAUGCACAUGCAAAUGUUCGGAAGCAAGGGAGUGAUCAGCAGUGGGGACUGCCAUAUGUACACGCAAAUGUUCCACAUCAAGGGAGUAAUCAGCAGUGGGGGCUGCCAGGUGCACACGCAAAUGUUUCACAUCAAGGGAGUAGUCAGCAGUGGGGGCUGCCAGGUGCACAGACAAAUGUUGUGCACCAAGGGAGUAAUCAGCAAUGGGGGCUGCCAAGUGCACACGCAAAUGUUCCGCAUGAAGGGAGACAGCAAUGGGGGCUGCCAGAUCCACAUACCAAUCUUGUGCCUCAAGGGAGACAUCAAUGGGGGAUGCCAGAUGUCCAUGCUAAUGCCCUGCAUCAAGGGAGCCAGCAGUGGGUACAGCCAGGGCAAUGCCCAACAAUGGCUAGCGUUGACACAUCCUACUUCCUGAAUCCUAAUUACCCAGCUGAGCAGCAGUAUAACAGCCGAGUCCCAGGUGGAGUGUGCUCAAUGGAUCAGCACCAGCAUCAUUACCUCCAGAACAGACAUCCAGGGUCCAGUGAUAGAUACGCUACAAGCAUGAACACAGGCUUCUAUGAUCAGUGGCACCAGACUCCUCCGCAGCAGCUCAGCAGCAGGACACACCAAUGGGGCUUCCAAGACUUCGGCAGGCAAACUAACAGCAUGCCUCAGAUGCAUGCCGGGAGGGGCAUGCGGCUGUCAGUGCCGCAUCCGGUUGGCAGCCCGCAGAUGAGCUCGCCGACCACCGGCUCCGAUGUCAGUGUCACAAGCUUCCUGGUACCUCCCAGUUACCCAUACCUGCCACAUGGAAAUGGAAUAAGUUGAAGAGCGAUGGCCAGUGUGGGUUUUUUGCGCGCUUUUGGUGCAGGUUACAUACCAAAACAAUACAGGAAGUACACUUUGUCGGGAUGAAGUUCCUUCUUUUGUUCACGCUUCUUCUGACUGAUACCAAUACCUGGUGGUUUUGUCUAUACUCGGGUUGGCUCUUGAAAACUAUUUUUGCAAAGUAUUCAGUACAAGAAAGGGAUACACAUACUAAACUGUAGGAUCACUGAUGACGGGAGCGCUGCAUGCAGCCUCAAGCUUUUGCUGUUUUGCUGAGCUGCGGGUAGUGUCCGUUCCGUUGUACGGAGUAAUAAGCUGUAGCUGCUGUUUUGCUGAAUGUUGGGAGCGCUCCAUUUUGUUUCUGUUUUUUUGCUUGAAACUUUGUCAGUAGCAGAUUGCAUUUGGUUCCUAGGUAGUGUAUGAUAUACUCCGUACGUGAAAGUGCUGAAACUUGCUGUGAACGAACCAAGGAUAGUUUGUUCUGUUUUAUUGCACUCUUGGCCCAUCA